CUAUUUGGGUAGCUGCUGCCGCUGUUGGUGUGCCUCACUACCUACCCACACAGUGAUAGACAGGCAAAGGAAAGAGAUAAACCCCCUUCCCCUUCCAGUCUUCCCUUCUCUCCUGCAAUCUCUAAACCCCAGAGCAGACCCAAAAGGCCCCAAUAUUUUCCUCGCCCCGCCGUCUCUCCUUUUUCUCUGUUAGUGUUCCGGGUCAAGGAAUGGCAUCAACUUUUGCUGGCAUGUCCUCAGUCGGUUCCUUGGCUGCUCCCUCCACCUGCGUCAUCGACAAUAAUAAACUCGCAGCUUCUUCUAACAAGUUAUCAUCUUUCGCUUGCAUAUCAUCCUCUUCGUUUGGCAGGCAAAGAAAUGUUGUGCUACGCAAAGCACGCUCUUCCCAGAUUACAGCUUCUGCCAAAGAGCUGUAUUUCAAUAAGGAUGGCUCAGCCAUUAAGAAGCUGCAGAUUGGUGUAAACAAACUUUCGGAAUUAGUUGGGGUCACCCUUGGUCCAAAGGGUAGAAAUGUUGUUCUCGAGAGCAAGUAUGGUGCCCCAAAAAUUGUGAAUGAUGGUGUUACUGUGGCCAGAGAGGUAGAGUUGGAGGACCCGGUAGAGAAUAUUGGUGCUAAAUUGGUGAGACAAGCAGCUGCCAAGACCAAUGACUUGGCUGGAGAUGGAACGACAACAUCUGUUGUUCUUGCACAAGGUCUAAUUGCUGAAGGUGUCAAGGUGGUGGCAGCUGGUUCCAACCCUGUCCUGAUUACGCGUGGCAUUGACAAAACAGCAAAGGUCUUGGUGUCUGAGCUCAAGAAAAUGUCGAAAGAGGUUGAAGAUAGUGAGUUAGCUGAUGUGGCUACAGUAAGUGCCGGGAACAACUAUGAAGUGGGAAACAUGAUAGCUGAAGCUUUGAGCAAAGUUGGUCGGAAGGGUGUUGUGACGCUUGAGGAGGGAAAAAGUUCUGAAAAUAGUCUUAGAGUUGUUGAAGGAAUGCAAUUUGACCGCGGUUACAUAUCGCCUUACUUUGUCACUGACAGUGAAAAGAUGGCUGUUGAGUAUGAUAAUUGCAAGUUGCUAUUGGUUGAAAAGAAAAUAACGAAUGCAAGGGAUCUUGUUAACAUCUUGGAAGAUGCCAUUAGAAGUGGGUUUCCAGUGUUGAUUAUAGCUGAAGAUAUUGAGCAAGAAGCUUUGGCCACACUUGUGGUGAACAGGCUUAGGGGGGCACUGAAAGUUGCUGCUUUGAAAGCACCUGGAUUUGGUGAACGAAAAAGCCAGUAUCUUGAUGACAUUGCAAUUCUGACUGGAGGAACUGUGAUUAGGGAAGAGGUUGGGCUUACCUUGGACAAGGCUGAUAAGGAAGUGUUGGGGCAUGCUGCUAAGGUGGUGCUUACUAAGGAUGCAACAACAAUUGUUGGUGAUGGGAGCACUCAGGAAGCCGUAAACAAGCGUGUUACACAGAUUAGAAACCUCAUAGAUGCUGCAGAACAAGAAUAUGAGAAGGAAAAGCUAAAUGAAAGAAUUGCAAAAUUAUCAGGAGGGGUUGCUGUGAUUCAGGUUGGUGCACAAACGGAAACUGAGUUGAAAGAGAAGAAACUUAGAGUUGAAGAUGCUCUAAAUGCAACAAAGGCCGCUGUUGAGGAAGGUAUAGUUGUUGGGGGUGGAUGCGCUCUUCUGAGGCUUGCUUCUAAGGUUGAUGCUAUUAAGGAGACUCUAGAUAAUGAUGAAGAGAAGGUUGGAGCAGACAUAGUAAAGAGAGCUUUGAGUUACCCCUUGAAGUUGAUUGCUAAAAACGCUGGUGUUAAUGGAAGCGUCGUCAGUGAGAAGGUACUGUCCAGUGACAACCUUAAAUAUGGAUAUAAUGCUGCGACAGGAAAUUAUGAAGACUUGAUGGCCGCCGGAAUAAUUGAUCCGACCAAGGUGGUUAGAUGUUGCAUAGAGCAUGCAGCAUCUGUUGCAAAGACAUUUUUGAUGUCAGAUUGUGUAGUAGUUGAAAUUAAAGAGCCUGAACCAGUUGCUGCUGGAAACCCGAUGGAUAAUUCAGGAUACGGCUACUAAGUAGGUAAUAUGCCGAGGUGCAGCCUUAGGAGGAGGAGGAGGAGGUUGGUUGGUUGGUGGUGCACAAGGCAGUUUAAUCCUGCCUCUCAGUCCCCCCCACCCACAAGUACUGAUGGUAAUUAGUGCAAGUGAAAUUUUAUUUUUUGUAAAUUGAGUUUUAAUUGUUUGAACGAGGAAGUUAAUAUCCUGGAGGCCUACCGGGAUGGGAUGCGGCAUCUGUUGAAAUUCAAUGUAUGGAUUGCAUUCUUGAUUUGAGUGGUGAAAACAUUUGAUUGAUACUACUACUACUAUUACUAUUUUACUUGUCUUGUGGUAAUGGUAAUCCAUUCCAUUCCCCUUUUGAUUUUCGAAUUAUACACUGUCUGCCACGCGGUGCAGCGCUAUUAUCAUCAGGAAUGAGAUGUUAGUAAUUCGGUGGCCGUA